AAUAAAUUAAAAAUGUAUUUUUUGAUUCAUUUAUUUUAUAUAGUAUUUUUUUCUUAUAUUUAAUUUUUUAAUUGUCUUUCUUUAUGUAGUUGAAAUGGAUGAUGAACAUGUUUUUCAUUAUCUUCUUUUAUGGAGGAUGUAUAUCCAUAUUUUGGCAAUAUAUGCUGCUAGUUUUUUUUUUCUUGAAUUUCAUUUUGAGGGAUGAAUAUGAGAGAAGAUCUUUGAAUGAAAAAGCUUUAACUAGAUAUGAGUCAAGGAGGGAUAUUUUGGACUCUAUCAUCAGUGCAAGUGAUUCUCAUUGCAUAUGGGAACUAAGAAUGUGUAGAAAUACAUUUGCAUAUCUUUGUGAGGUUUUAAGGGUACGAAGAGGAUUAGUGAAACUUAGACAAGUGACAGUUGAAGAGCAAGUUGCUGUAUUUUUAAAUGUACUCGCUCAUCACACAAAAAAUAGAAGUAUUCAAGUUAGAUUAUCUAGAUCAGGACAAACGAUAAGCAAAUACUGUCAUAGAGUGUUGGCUGCAGUUUUGAAGUUACGUAAUGAUUUACUUGCCAAACCUGAACCAGUACCUCAAGACUGCACUGAUGAAAGAUGGAAGUGGUUUAAGGGAUGCUUAGGGGCUUUAGAUGGAACUUAUAUAGCAGUUACACCAAGUGCUUCUGACAGACCUAGAUAUCGUACGAGGAAAGAUGGAACUUAUAUAGCAGUUACACCUAGGGGUGGCAAAAAUACCCAUGCCCAUGGGUACCCGCGGGUAAAAUCCAUCACGGGCACGGACGGGUAGCUAAACGGGUAUCCAUGGGUAUAAUUAACGGGUAUUUGACUAUCCAUUAUUAUAUGAAUACGGACACGGAUUUGAUGGUACCAAUACCCACGGGUACCCAUACCCAAUAAUAAAUUAACUUAAUUACUAAAAUAUCCUUAUAUAUCUUAUUAUUA